GAUUCCCGCCUCUAGUUCUCAGCUCGUUCAGCUGCAUUGAGCCAGCGGCAGGGCUUCUCAAAAUUCAACAGUAGAGCAGAAGGAGGUCAAAAAGUUGGCCUUCCUUUGCAGCUGAUCAAGAGCAAAUGUUGAUGUUGAUUGCGUUGGCCUCAACAAGAGAAAGCAUAGUGUAAGCCAUCACCAUAUGCGCCUGGGCCCAAUCUGCAUUAGUUCAAAAAGGAGCGGAGUACUAAGCGAGUAAGUCCUAGCAAACGUGGACUUUGAUUUUUAAUGGAUCUUCAACAACAGAGUAGGAUAUUGCUCUGUAGUCGGAGGUCCUGGCUGCCUCGAGUAUAAUGCGCAGAGCUGUGUCUUCGAGCAGGGUGCAUAACAUUGACAUUAACCAGCGGAGUGCAUUCACAGGAUUCUCUGAGCCCAGGGAGCGCUAGUCAGAAUGGAUCUUUGCUCUUCGACAUUGCUUUCAAUCAGGGCUCCAAUGUCUUUAACGAGGCAUAGAAGCAAUCACUUUCUUUUGAAUGCGACUAAAAAUGUGUCGGAUGCUGUGCCCCAAGCAAGGAACCACAAUGUGAUGGGCUGGCAUUAUUCCAUAGGAGCUGUACUUGCUGGGGGACCCAUGCUGACUAGACAAACAGAUUGCCAAAAGAUUCAUCUUGUGGUCUUGAAGUCAGAAAGUUUCUGCAGAAAGCUUCAAGGGAAGUCCUCACUUGGAAGCUCAUACAGGCAAAGGUUUUGUAAGAAAAGCUCAAGAGGUGCAAGUAGCAAUGUGGAGGGUAUACCGGAGGAGUUAAGUCGUAUGGAAGAAGCGGCAUCCGUUUCACCGGCGUUUCCAGCGGAGUUCAAGUCCAGAAAGAGCGCUGAUGUGGUACGAGACGAGAUUCUGGCGUGUUACGAGUUGGUCGAGCGUUUGGGACGGGGUGUAGUUUACUUGGGCUCCUCCCGAGUGCCGCAGGACCACCCGCACUUCAUCCGCGCACAGUCUUUGAGCAAGCAGAUCGCAGAGUUGUUGGACUGCACCACGUGGACCGGCAUCGGACCCGGGCUGAUGGACGCGGCGGCGAAGGGCGCGCUUCCCACUGGGAAACCCGUCGGCGGUUUCAAGAUCUUCCGGGAGAGCGGGCAAUGGCAGUCGCAGGGUUCCUACGUGCAUCCGUAUCUACCGAAGGAGAACUACAUCGUUUGCAGAUUCUUCUCUGCUCGGAAGCACGGACUCGUCGAUGCAGGGGUCCGUCUUUGCGAGUCCGAUCGGACGGCCUUCGUUGCUUUGCCCGGAGGAGUAGGUACUCUCGACGAGAUGUUCGAGAUUCUUGCCCUCAUCCAGUUAGAAAGGCUUGGGUCAGUACACCCGGUUCCGUUUCUGGUCAUGAACUACGAUAACGUUUUUGACGGCCUAAUGGAGUUUCUGAAAAGCUGUAUAGAGUACGGGUCGGUGAGAGAGGGAGAAGUUGAUUCGUUGUGGAAGGUGUGUAGUACAAAUGAAGAAGCACUCAAGUACCUGCGAGACUUUUACAACGUUCCUGACAAACAUUCCGGACCUUUUGCGGACCAUGCCGCGGGCAAUGAGUAACACGUGAAAGCUGUAUGAACGCACCAAUAUAGUUUAGAAUAUUCAAGAUUGAGGCUCGCUUAGGCAGAAGAAGGAUCAUGCAGUCAAUGACAAGCCGGCGAGAUUCGUUGUGUGAACUGGCACGGAUCCUAAGCACGAUCUCAGAGUCUCGC